UACCAUUUGAUCGAUAUCGUCUGGCAAAUGAACAUAGAACUGGUCGUAGAAAAUCUAUUUCUUUUGAUUUUGGUCAAGAUCUUUCACAUAACUUUCUUCUCCAUGCAUCAUCAAACAAUAUAUCACUAGAACAACUUGCACUUACUACUUAUUAUGUAUUUUUAUUCAAAUUAACAAAUGGAGAAAAAGAUUUAUGCAUUGGAAUAAAUACACAUGGUCGAUAUAGAGAUGAACUUAACUCUAUCAUUGGAAUGUUUGUGAAUGCUAUACCCGUGCGAUCUCAACUCGAUCCUCAUUUACCAUUUCACAAACUUACUAAGCACGUUCAAGAUAUUAUGAUAAACUGUAUUAAAUAUUCAUAUUUUCCACUACAACGUAUUCUCAAUCAACAUCCUAAUAUAUCAAAUCCAGUAUUUCUUGAUACAUCAUUUGAAUUUCUAUCACCUAUAAGAAGAGAUGAAGAGAAUGAAAUAAUGAUUGGUGAUAGUCGACUUUUUUUACUACCUCACUCAGUUAAGAUUAGUGAAGAUGAAAUAAUGAGUAAAUUUGAUUUUAUUCUUAGUUUUCAACACAAUCUGCAUCGAAAUGAAUUUUCAUGCACCAUCAAUGCUUCAAUUGAUUUAUUCAAUACUGAAACAGUUUGUAUAAUUGCACAAAGAUUACACUCAAUGGUACAUCAAGAAUUUGCAUCUUUUAGUAGUCAAAUAAACAAACCUGUUCAUGAAUUAUCAAUAAUAUUACCAAAUGAAAGAUUAGUAAUGCAAUCAAUGAAUAAUACGCAAAUGUCAUUUUCAUCUCUUCUCACUUGUAUUCAUCAUGCAUUUGUAUGUCAAGUAAUGAAACAUCCACAAAAACUAGCUGUUGAACUAGAUGAUCAAUCUUUGACAUAUGCUGAACUUUUAUAUUAUGUUCAAAUACUAUCUUUAACUCUUCUUAAUGAAUAUCAUGCCGUUCCAGGCGAAGUCAUAUGUCAAUGUGUUGAGCGAAGUUUGUCAAUGGUUAUUGGUAUUUUAUCAAUAGCUAUGGUUGGUAGUGCGUAUUGUCCAUUAUCGUUAAGAGAUCCUCCACAACGUUUACAAGCUCUUGUCAAUCAGACUCAAAGUCGUUUAGUGUUAGUUCAUGCAAGUACACCAACGGUUUUCAGUCCCGACAGUCUAACUUUAAAUAUUGACGGCAUUAUUUGUCUCGAAGAAAGAUUUAGUGAAAUUAAUCUGAAUAAACUUUCAAAUGUUCCUGUAACACCAGAAAAUGCUGUCUUUGUAAUUUUCACAAGUGGUUCAACUGGUAUUCCAAAAGCGGUUCAACUGCGUCAUCGAAACUUCACUGAGUUUAUGCAUUCAUUUGUGAAUAUUGAUGUAGUUACAAAGUCUGACAUAAUAAUACAGAUGGCUCGGUGCUCUUUUGACAAUCAUCUACUAAGCUUAUUGGGUACAUUGGUUAUUGGUAGCACAUUGGUGAUGCUUCGACCGGAAGGCAAUAUGGAUCUAGAAUAUCUUGCUAGUGUGCUUGAUCGAAAGCAGAUAACUGUCAUGCAUGCUGUUCCGUCGCUUUUGAACAGUUUAUUUGAAUUUCUCAGAAUAAGUAAGCGUAUGUCAGCAGUGAAAUGUUUACGAUCUUUAUGCAGUGGCGGCGAACCUGUUAAUAUUAAGCAAGUUAGUCUAUUUCAAAGUUUAGUUGGAGAGCAAUGCCGGAUUCGAAAUCAUUAUGGCCCAGCUGAAAUCACGAUCAAUUGUGCUUGUUAUUUAAUUGACUUGAACAAAAGUCAAACAAGCAUUUCUAUAGGUCAACUUUUACCCAACUAUCAAGGUCUGAUUUUGACCGAGUUUUCACAGUUUGUCCGUAUUGGCUGUGAAGGAGAGUUACUAGUGAGAGGUGUAGGUAUCUUUGCUGGAUACCUUGAUCGUGAUGACUUGACGGCAAAAGCCCUUGUUGAAAUAGAUGAUGAACUAUUUUAUCGAACAGGUGAUCUUGUUACAAUGGAUAACAACGGACUUCUUCAUUAUCAAGGAAGAAAAGAUCAUCAAAUCAAACUUCAUGGACAAAGAAUCGAACCUGGUGAAAUCGAACGAUGUUUACUUAAAAUUACAUCUAUCUCUGCUUGUGUUGUCAUGAAAUGGAAUGAUGACCAUCUCGUUGCUUAUGUUCAAACUUCUCAUACCAAUGAAGAGCAACUACGGCAACAUUGUCGAUCUCAUCUCCCAACACAUAUGAUUCCUUCAAUGUUUAUUAUUCUUGAGAAAUUACCAUUGAACCAAAAUGGAAAAAUCGAUCGAAAACAACUUCCUUCACCCAACUUUUCUUUGCCGACUUUGUUAUCGUCCGAUAAAUCUGAUACUCCUCUUAAUCAGUUCGAAGAACGUAUACAUACUAUUUGGUGUCAAGUUCUUCAUUCUAAUCAAAAUCGUAUUUCUAGAACUACCAGUUUUUUCAGUGUUGGUGGUCAUUCACUAUUACUUAUACAACUUUAUCAUCAUUAUCAAUCAGUGUUUAACUUUGAUACUCAUACACUUUCGAUUGCUCCAUUUCUUCAACAACCAACUAUUUGUCAACAUUCACAAUUACUUCAAACAGUUACAAUGAGUAAUAUCAAGGUAACUCAAUGGCAUACACUACACAUAAAUGAAGGUACUGCUUCUUUUGCUCAGGAACGUAUAUUUCUUGAUGAACAAGUUCGCUUUUCGAGUGAUAUUGCUGUCUAUAAUGAAGUAUCUACGUUACAAGUUGUCCAAGGAUCAUUAUCGUUAAAUCGUUUAUUACAAGCAUUUCGAUUUGUUUUGAAUAAACAUAAAAUACUACGUACAUCUCUUAUUUUCAACAAUGAUAAUAAUAGUUUGAAGCAAUGCAUUACAAAUUCAGACAAAACAUUUACAAUAACUAUGAAUCAAACAUUUCAAAAUGACAAUGAACUUCGGAACAUUGUUUAUCAAACAACUAUUAAUCCUAAUCUCUUUGAUUUAUCAACUGGUCAUGUUUUUCAUACUGAAAUUCUGAGACAUCAAAUCUCAUCAAAUGAAAAUAAUAAUAAUGAAUUCAUAACUAGUUCUGAUGUUCUCCUCAUUGCUACUCAUCAUGCAGCAUCUGAUCGGUCAAGUCGUUCAAUCCUUUUCAAUGAUCUAUGUUUCGCUUAUAAUACUAAUGCAAUAUCAAUAGAAGAUGAUGAACCAUUGCGAUAUAUUGAUUACAGUAUACAUGAACGGCUAAUUGAUAUGACAACAUCUCGUGAAUUUUGGUAUUCGCAAUUAGAAGAAUACGACCUGGAAUCUCGAUUGUUAUUACCAGUUGAUCGACAUCGUUCGUUAAAUGGGCA